AUGGUUUGUAAGGAAUGGAAUUUUAUUUUGUCUUCACAAAGUUUUCUGUCUUCGCUGUUCAUCCGAAAUCCAUGGCUUCUUAUCUGUGGUCAAGAUGAAUAUAGAAAUUGGUGCUGCAUGGUCUACUGCUUCUCUGCACAAAAAUGGAUGACUCUCCCUCUCUUUAUUCUCCCAAAUCCUGAGAGAGAGUAUAUAAGAGAUUUAUCUAUGCUUAGCAUAGGGCAGGGAUUACUGUUAUUUCGAAAAUCUUCCAGUCAAUUAUUUGUUUGCAAUCCCCUUGAUAGAUCUUAUGCAGAGAUAGAAAUAGAUUUGACUGAGAAAUUCGUCCAUAUUGUGGAGGGAGAAAACAAAAAGCCUUAUUUGGUAGUUUGCUCGAAUUCUCCAAAAUUUAACUUCCAAAUUUACGACUAUGUUGAAGAUGCAUGGAGGAUUAAGUGUCAGUUGGCAUGGGAAACUAGAUCUAGAAUAUCCUGUCAUGAAAUGGUUGAGUGUAAUGGCGUUCUUUUCUGGAAGGGAGCGUCGCCUACGACUAUCAUCGGUUUCAAAAUCCAAGAUGAGGGUUUUAUCAACCCUGUUACAGUAGCUCCAUUACCCCGAAAUGUUGAAGAUCUGCAUGCGAAUGUUUUCUCUAUGGUUUCAUAUGGCUCGUCUAUUCUUGUGGUGGGGAUCUUUGACGAGCGGUAUGAGCAGUUGCUUUAA